AAUCAAUGGUUCAUCGUCAGUUCAGUUUAUAAUACAUAACCUAUUAAAUAAAUACGACAUCACAAUAUAAUCAAAUUAACUACACUUUUAAAUAAUGGCACGAUUUAUUGAUAUUGGAGCAAAUCUUACAGAUCCCAUGUACAUGGGUUUGUAUCAUGGUUCGAAGAAACAUGAACCUGAUUUAUUGAAUGUAUUAGCACGGGCUUGGGAUGCAGGUUUAAAAAAAAUUAUUAUCACUGGUGGUAAUUUAGAAGACAGUGAAAAGGCAUUGAAUUUGGCUAAAACAGAAGAGAAUUUAUUCAGUACUGUAGGAUGUCAUCCAACGCGCUGCCAAGAAUUUGAAACUAAUAAUACACCAGAACAAUAUUUAUCAAGUUUAGAACGUUUAAUAAAAAGUGAUGAAAAAAAAAUUGUUGCCCUAGGUGAAUGUGGUUUGGAUUAUGAUCGUUUACAUUUUUGUCCUAAGGAAGUUCAAAAAAAGUAUUUUGAAGAACAAUUAAAAUUAAGUUUAAAAUUGAAUAAACCAUUAUUUCUUCAUUGUCGUAAUUCGUCAGAUGAUUUUAUAAAAAUUAUUUCAAAAUAUGAAGGAAUUAAAGGUGUUGUACAUUCAUUUGAUGGAACAGUUUCUGAUGUUGAUGCCUACGUUCAAAAAGGAUUGUACAUUGGAUUAAAUGGAUGUUCAUUGAAAACUGAAGAGAAUUUAGAAACGAUCAAAUCAAUUCCAAUAAAUCAUUUAAUGAUAGAAACAGAUGCACCAUGGUGUGAAAUAAGACCAACACAUGCUGGAUUUAAAUAUAUCAAAACACAAUAUCCAAGUGUUAAAAAAGAAAAAUGGAAAUGUGAUGCUAUGGUCAAAGGCAGGAAUGAACCAUGUACAAUCAGACAAGUAAUAGAAAUAAUAGCAUCGGUAAGAGAAGAAAAUGUGGACACAUUAGCCAAUUGUGUUUAUGAAAAUACCAAUAAAUUAUUUUUUUACAAUUAAUUAAUUGUGUGUUUUUUGUUAAUUAAUAUAUUGUAAAAUUUGUAACAAAUUUUUAAAAUAUAUUUAUAAAUCAAAAUAAAA